AUGUCAACCGAAAAAGGUGUGACAAAGCUGAGAAAAAGCUGGAGGAGAACCUCAUGGAGCACGUGGAUGCUUAUAAUGAGAGCCAAAGGUUGUUGCAGUCUCUCCAGAAGGCAAGGAAAAUGGGAGGAGAAGAUGGUGUAUGUAAAAUCUAAGGCCAGGGAGAUAUUUGGUGAGAAGGAAUACCUACAAAAAUCUCUAGAUGAUGCUCUCCUUCGUGAAAAGGAUUUUGAGAAAGAGGUGUCGGAUCUCACUGAUGAGGUGGUGUCUGCUUCUAGCGUCUAUUUUGAGGUGGAUGAGGAAGCAGUGGCCUAUCUGGAGCUUAGGAACCUUGCCUCUAUCGAGAUUUCUCAAGGAGAUGUCGAUGUGAAGGAGAGCGGUGAGUUUGGAGACCCUUAG